AUGCCAGGCCUGGCUGUGCUAGGCCUCCUCCUGGCAGCUCUCCUGGGCCUUGGGACGGGGACCUCCUUGUGCCUGUCACGGCAACUCAGGAUGCAAGGAGACUACGUGCUGGGUGGGCUUUUCCCCCUGGGCUCAGCCGAGGAGGCCGGCCUCCGCCACAGGACACGGCCCAGUGGCAUUGUGUGCACCAGGUUCUCAUCCCUUGGCCUGUUCCUGGUGAUGGCCGUGAAGAUGGCUGUGGAGGAGAUCAACAACAGUUCUACCCUGCUGCCCGGGCUGCACCUGGGCUAUGACCUCUUCGACACAUGCUCAGAGCCCAUGGCCACUAUGAAGCCCAGCCUCAUGUUCCUGGCGGAGGCAGGCAAUAGCAGCAUUGCUGCCUACUGCAACUACACGCAGUACCAGCCCCGCGUGCUGGCAGUCAUCGGGCCCCAUUCGUCAGAGCUGGCCCUCAUCACGGGCAAGUUCUUCAGCUUCUUCCUCAUGCCACAGGUCAGUUACGGGGCCACCAUGGACCGACUGAGCAACCGAGACACAUUCCCGUCCUUCUUCCGCACGGUGCCCAGUGACCGGGUGCAGCUGGAGGCCGUAGUCAAGCUGCUGCAGAAAUUUGAGUGGAACUGGGUGGCUGCCUUGGGCAGUGACGAUGAGUAUGGCCGGGAGGGCCUGAGCAUCUUCUCAGGCUUGGCCAACGCCCAGAACGUCUGCAUUGCACAUGAGGGCCUGGUGCCGCCCCUUGGCGCUGAUACCCUGCAGCUGGGUAAGGUGCUGGACGUGCUGCGCCAGGUGAACCAGAGCAAUGUGCAGGUGGUGGUGCUGUUUGCUUCCUCCCAGGCUGCCCACGCCCUUUUGCGCUACAGUGUCUACCACAGCCUCUCGCCAAAGGUGUGGGUGGCCAGUGAGGCCUGGCUGACCUCAGACUUGGUCAUGACACUGCCUGGCAUUGCCCAGGUGGGCACUGUGCUUGGCUUUCUGCAGCGGGGUGCCCAGCUGCCCGAAUUCUCCCAGUAUGUGGAGAUGCACCUAGCCUUGGCCUCUGACCCAGCCUUCUGUGCCUCUCUGGAUGAUAAACCAGACCUGGAGGAGCACGUGGUAGGGCCACGCUGCCCCCAGUGUGACCACAUUACCCUGCGGAACCUGUCGACGGGGCUGCUGCAGAACCUGUCAGCUGGGCAGCUGCACCACCAGAUUUUCGCCACCUAUGCAGCCGUGCACGGUGUGGCUCAGGCCCUCCACAACACGCUGCAGUGCAGCCCCACGCGCUGCCCUGCACGGGAGCCUGUGCGACCUUGGCAGCUCCUGGAGAACAUGUACAACAUGAGCUUCCGUGCUCGAGGCCUGGCACUGCAGUUCGACUCCAAGGGGAACGUGGACAUGGAGUAUGACCUGAAGAUGUGGGUGUGGCAGAAGCCGACACCCAGGCUGCACACUGUGGGCACCUUCAAUGGGAGCCUUUGGCUCCAGCCCUCACAGAUGCACUGGCACAUGCCAGGCAACCAGGUGCCUGCGUCCCAGUGCUCUCGGCAGUGUGAAGAGGGCCAAGUCCGCCGCGUGAAGGGCUUCCACUCCUGCUGCUACGACUGCGUGGACUGCAAGGCAGGCAACUACCGGCAGAGCCUAGAUGACUUCGUCUGCACCCCAUGUGGCCAGGACCAGUGGUCCCCAGAGCGGAGUACGCGCUGUUUUCCCCGCAGGCCCAGAUUCCUGGCAUGGGGGGAGCCAACUGUGCUCCUGCUGCUCCUGCUGCUCAGCCUGGUGCUGGGCCUGACACUGGCUGCUCUAGGUCUCUUUGUCUGCCACUGGGACAGCCCACUGGUUCAGGCCUCAGGUGGGCCACGGGCCUGUUUUGGCCUGGCUUGCCUGGGACUCGUCUGCCUCAGUGUCCUCCUGUUUCCAGGCCGGCCAGGCCCAGCCAGCUGCCUUGCCCAGCAGCCACUGGCACACCUCCCACUCACUGGCUGCCUGAGCACACUCUUCCUAAAGGCAGCAGAGACCUUUGUGGAGUCAGAACUGCCACCAAAUUGGGCGACCUGGCUGCAUGGCUGCCUGCGGGGUCCCUGGGCCUGGCUGGUGGUGCUUCUGGCCAUACUGACGGAAGCCGUGCUGUGUGCCUGGUACCUGGUGGCUUUCACACCAGAGGUGAUGACAGACUGGAGGGUGCUGCCCACCGAGGCACUGGUGCACUGCCACAUGCGCUCCUGGGUCAGCCUGGGCCUGGUGCACAUCACCAACGCCUCGCUGGCCUUCCUCUGCUUUCUGGGCACCUUCCUGGUGCAGAGUCAGCCUGGCCGCUACAACCACGCCCGCGGCCUCACCUUUGCCAUGCUAGCCUACUUCAUCACCUGGGUCUCCUUCGUGCCCCUCCUGACCAAUGUGCAGGUGGUCUACCAGCCUGCUGUGCAGAUGGGUGCCAUCCUCCUCUGUGCCCUGGGCAUCCUAGCUGCCUUCCACCUACCAAAAUGCUACCUGCUCCUGUGGUGGCCCAGGCUCAACACUCCUGAGUUCUUCCUGGGGGCAGGUCCUGGGGAUGCCAGGGACAGGGGCAGGAGUGGGAGUAGGGAGGGGCCUCAGGGAAACGAGGGACCCUUAACCCCACACCCUCAUACCUAG